AUGGCCAAACUACUGCAGUCUCCACCCAAGUUCCUGCCCUCGGAAUGGCAGGUUGCUAACAAGAGCCAGUACCACAGAGCCGAGGCCCAGCGGUGCCGAUCCGAGCGCCUGGUGGCAGAAAGCCAGAGGCUUGUGGAUGACAUCGAAAAGACCACGAGAAAGUCGCAGAGCGAUGUGAACAAGAAACUCGAGCAGCGGCUGGAGGAAGUGCGGUUCUGGAAGAGGGAGCUGGACGGCAAACUCGAGCAGCUGGUGUACGAGACGGAGGAUCUGCUCACGUACAAGGGCAGGCUGGAGAAGGCCCUGCAGGACUUCCGGGAGCCCCUGCGCAUCACCGAGCGGUGCCUGGCCUACAGGGAGAAGCGCGUCGGGAUCGACCUGGUGCACGACGAGGUGGAGCAGGAGCUGGUGAAGGAGGCCGAGGUCAUCCGGGGCGUCCUGGCGCUGCUCACCCGCACCCUGGAGGAGGUCACGGAGCAGAUCAGGCUGAACCGCUCUGCCAAGUACAACCUGGAGAAGGAUUUGAAGGACAAGUUCGUGGCGCUGACCAUCGACGACAUCUGCUUCUCGCUCAACAACAACUCGCCCAGCAUCCGCUACGCCGAGGACGCCGUGCGCAUCGAACCCAACUCGGUGAGCCUGGAAGACUGGUUAGACUUCUCCAACACCAAUGUGGAGAAGGCCGACAAGCAGAGGAACAACUCGAUGGCGCUGAAGGCCCUGGUGGACCGCAUCCUGUCCCAGACGGCCGACGACCUGUGCAGGCAGUGCCACGUGGUGGACACGGCCUUCAGGAACGGGCUGAAGGAGACCAAGGAUGCCCGGGACAAGCUGGCUCUGCACCUGGACAAGGUCAUGGAAGAGAUCGCGUCCCAGGAGAAAAACGUGACAGUUCUUGAAAAAGCCAUCCUGGACCAAGAAGGCCCCGCCAAAGUGGCUCACACGCGCCUGGAGACCAGGACGCGCCGGCCCAACGUGGAGCUGUGUCGCGAUGUCGCGCAGUACAGACUGAUCAGAGAGGUUCAGGACAUCACCAGCAACGUGGCAAGACUGAAGGAGACCUUAGCCCGGGCUCAGGCAGAGCUGAAGGGGCUGAACCGCAGGCAGCUCGCCCUGCAGGAGGAGAUCCAGGUGAAGGAGAACACCAUCUACAUCGACGAGGUGCUGUGUGUGCAGAUGCGCCAGUCCAUCCCGCUGCGGGCCGGGGAGGACCGAAGGGACUGGGCGGGCGGCCUCGGCCCCGACGCUGUCUGCUAG